AGAGUAUCAUUAUUAAUUUGAUCCGGCCAAGACCCAAGCUCUCUGGGGCUCUCACAAACUCACAAUACACACAAAUCUCUCUAUCUGUAGCCGGUGGUCGGAAGCAAGUGUACAAAUUGCAGAGUUUUGGCAAUGGCUGAGGGUUUCAAGAAACACUUUAAUAGCUCCACAAUACGAGGUCGGGCGAAUGUUGCCAAAGCCACAUAUGGAACAUUUGCCCUCAUAUAUUUGUUUUAUCGUGUGCGGCGAGGCUCUGGCAAGACGCCGCCGACAGACGAUGAGCGAAGAUCAGAGUCCAGCUGCAACUGUGACAGGCCGCGAGAGCCCAUUGAACCCGAUUCUGGCGUAUUUGAGGCCGAUCCGGAGUGUGCAGCGUGUCGGGAUCGAGCCGAGAGAGCAAUGACCGAGUAUGAUCAGGAGCAGCAAAGACGCUCAGCCAAGGCACAAGAGGAGGAGGAUCAUGAAGGCUGUAACGGCCAUUCUAAUCCACCACCGCCUCCGCCGCCAUCGGAGUCCCCACCACCACCACCAUCAUCGUCUGGAGGAGCUGAAGACGGGACCCCACCACGUCGCAAAUGUCCUUGCUCAGAACGGAAACAAGAGAGUCCCUUAAAUGCCAGUCAGACACGUGCCCGCUUCCAGCAGCCGCAACCGCAGCAUCACUAUGCCACCUCCGAAAUACAGCAAGCCCGUCCAGUUAGCGCUCUAAUUGGUCAAGCUCACGAGGCUGUCUACCAAGCGCUACGGACUGUCGUCUCAGUCGUCAUGAGUGGCGCAUCGGUAGUCACUGGCAGCCAUCCAGAUCCGGAUGAAUCGUCGACUCGUGAGGAUUGCAGAUGCACUAGCAUCAACUAUGAGGGUAACAAAAUAAAUCGAGUCGACGAUGAUGGGCCAAUUGGCAGCGAUCGAAUGGACGAUAGAAAGCCACAGCGAGAGGAUGAACUACAUGUAGAGGAGGAAGUCCUUCUGCCGCGUCGGACAGCGCCUCGAUCCUGUAAUGGACCCAUUGGGCAUGUCGAUGAAACCGCAAAGCCUCCCACUCAAUCAGCACAAUAUCAUCAUUCCUUCAGUGAUGGCUUUGCUGCAGACAUGUAUUUCGAGAAUGCCGAUGAGUAAGUGAGAGUAAAAGAGAGCAGUAAAUCUUUUGGGUCAAACGGUCACCUGCAAAAUUUAAACAGUGUAACUAAUAAAAUAAAAGGGACCUCUGUAAAUCAA